GAACCUACUACGAUGGGUGGACGUCAAUGCGCCCCCGUCCGUGUCAGCACCGUCCUUCCUUCGUUCUCCUUAGCCACGCCUUGUCGGGACAGCCACUUCCCGGAACUCACGCAGCACGGAGAAUCUAAUCUAUCAGGUUGAGUCUAGCUGGCACGGUUGGUGUUAAUAUUAGACUCUUAGUCAGCACGAUAUCGACCCCGACCCCGACGGCAGACGACACGGUGCCUGGCCCGCCUGAAAUGCUCAGCUUGGGGGACACAUUGCGAUGUUGUGACAGCUGUGCUCCUUGAGAAGCCUCCUAUCACGGACCACAGAUCUCCUUCUCGCGUGCCAUCUUUCCUUUGUCUGCGCAGAUUCGUUGGGUGCUGUCCCGACUAACUUUGGUGUGAUCUGUUGUUUCGAGGCAGCCAGUCUAACCCUUGCAUACCAUAUCUUUACUCUCUCGCGCACCCUCUCGCAGACCUCGCACGACAUGUCCAAGACCAACCGCAUCAACCCCAACGUGAAGCGCGCAAAGACCGAAGAAUGGUUUCCCAAAUCCCCCGACGGCGCAUACACUGGCGAGAAAAUUCCCUUCCACCCUCGCCGCCGGAGUUCCCUGUCACCGACCGUCCUCGUCCUGCUGCUGUUACUGGUGCUCGCGGUCGGAGUCCUGGUUUGGAAACAUGAGCAGGCUGUGGCCGUCGCCGCAGAGAACUACCAGAAAUACACGGGUCAAGAUCUGAAGGACACGGACUUUUACAAGGUCAUAGAGAAGGCGCAGAACAUCAAGUGGAAGCGGUCGGAGCUUUGACGGCCUGACACCGAAGCCAGCGGGAAUUUACAUGGAGAAGUGUUCAAUAUUAGUACUGUCGGAGCGGGCAAGUCGUUAGAGGGGGAACACCCAGGCUGUCCUCGCCUCAACCGACCGCGCAGUUCGAGGGAGUUCCUGGCAAGCAGCGUCUCUGUCAGUCAGAGCAGCACUUGCACUGGUCGUAUAUUUGGCGUACUGGUAACGAAGGACAUUGUCGGAUCUGAGAAUUUCUAUUACUAGAGACAUGAACCUGGUGUGAACUUGUAUUGGUGCCCAACAGCAACUGAACUGUGUGGGUUUCAUUCAGAUGGCUCUCGGAGGGGAAUCCAAUGAUGUAUCCUUUCACUCCUCUAUAUGCUUCAACUACAGUACGGUCUCGUCGAAUGUCCA